UGAGUGUGGUAGGAGGUAGUCGUGGUGGUGAUUUCUCCCUUAACUCAGAUGCCAGAGCUCCAGGUCUCAACUCUCUGGGCUAGACUUCCACUUUACAUCACACCACGACAUUAGUCUCAGUCUUCCCCCGACCUUCCUCGCAGAUCUAUCAACCGUUCUUUUUCUCCGCCGUCGCUCUCACCACACCGUCCGCCUCUUCCUUCUGCGUUGUCCGUCAGUUCCGCAACAGCGGCGUUUCUCCUGGUAUAGCUGGACCACCGACAAUGCCACCUUAAGGGUUAAUUUAUCUUCACCAUGACAACGGAUUCGCUUUCGUUUCAACCAACCGAGUCUCUAGUCCUCUCAGCCAAGCGUCGCUUCUUCCCAUUCAAAAUCCCAAAUUUCCACCAACAACUUCGCAACUAUAUAAGCACCGCCGACCCUGAUCGAAUUUACGUCGUCGCUCAAAAGCUCGUUUACUCCAUUCAUAUCUCAACACAGAAGCGGGAAACUAUCGCUGUCAUUCCUUUUGAGCCAAAAUGUCUUGCUGCCGGCUACGGCUGGGUUGCAGUCGGAGGAUCCGAGAAAGGCGAAUGUGUCUUCAUCAGGCUACCUGAUCACAGCGCAGGUACGCAUGGUAGUAACCCGGCUGCUCAGCCUGCCGAUAUUGAUAGUGCCCUUCCGAUUGGGUUUGAACCUUCAGCAAGAACGUUGUCGCCUAGAGUCGGUGAUGAGGGGCAAAGGCCAGCUCGAGAUUCUCGCAGGAGGCAAGUGCCCGACAUGCAGUAUCAUUCAUUUGGAGGUAGCAUUGUGAACUCCGUAACCAUCCAUCGUCUUCCUGGCGGGGACAAAGAUCUAUCACAUGAGGACGUGGCAAUUCUCAGUAACAACGACCAAACUGUUACCGUGUACUCUUUAGCCAGGUCAAAAGUUAUCAAGGUUCUCCAUCAUCCAGCUUGUAUGAAUUAUGCGAUAAUAUCACCAGACUCGAGUCUCCUCGCGGCUGUUGGCGAUGAAGCCGGUGCAUACUUUUAUGAGAUUAGCCGCGACCUCGAAUCGAUUGUCACAACAGAUGCGGGCGAUAAGCUCUGCGGUUGGAAUUGGAAUCUUGUCCGCUGCGUAGAGAUGGAUAUUGGGACGCGACCUGAUGACCGCUGUUGUUUCACCAUCGCAUUCUCUCACCUUAGCCAUUUAUGUGCGAUCGGUUCUCAGUCCGGGGUUAUUACCAUCUUCGAUGUGAGCGCAAUUUGCGACAUCACGCGUGAGCCCCAUGGCAAGAACACGAUUGUCUGCCACUUCAAUUCGUCAAGAUCAUGCUGCAACGGCGGCGCUGUGCGCUGCAUAGCGUUCGCGCCAGAGCCUUGGGAUCUUUUAGUAUGGCUUGAGGAUAAGGGUCGGGCUGGUAUAGCAGAUGUACGCCAGGCGUUCAUCCGUCGUCAAAUCAUACACUUGGACAUGAAUGAGUCCGGGACCCAGGAGGUUUUCACAGAACCGAUCAUUGAUGAUUCUGAUUCCGACCUUGAGAUGGAGGGCGCGCAGCGAGAAAUGUCAGAUUCAAUCGAAGGGCUACCCAACGACCUGGGAGGCGAAUCGAUUGGUAACCUGCUUCUGAGUGAGACAUUUCUGCAGAACCUCAUAGAAAGAGAAAGGCUGAUUGUAGAACAUCUGGACACAGCGCGAUGGACAUCUAGGCCUGAUGAGAAUCGGACAGAACGACGAGCCAGAGCUUACCCUCAAACAGCCACCGGGCCUCGUCAACAGGCUCAAGGUUUCACAGAGGGUGCUAAUCGAGCUUCUCGUCCCACCUCUCCUCUGCGUUCUGGCGAAACGCCUGGCGACCUAUCACGAGAUGAAAACCCAGUCAUCGCGGAGAUAAAUGAGCGCAGGCAAGACGCAAGACGCUUGACCACAGGUAUUGCAGCGUACAAUCAGGCUGGAACCAGUAGCCGACCUUUAGAGACAGAUACAUCGAAUUUGGAUCCUCAGCCUAGCAUUACACUUAGCUGGACUGCGUCGCCGUCAGAGCUGUACUCUGCUUCUUCAGGCAACCCCUCACAUGCCGCAGAUACAAGCUCGCGUGACCCUGAUAGCUCUGGUACCGAUAUCAGUUCUGCCAAUCGGUCUGGUGGGACUACAGCCCGACCAUCUGCGCAUUUUGAUUACUCGUCUACUGCGGAUGAACUAUUGUCCCGAUAUCGAGCCCACGACAAUUCUAGCUCAGGUCAUAGACGUUUUGAGAGAAGGGGCGAUGCGGCUGAAAUUCGCCAUGACUCGCCAGGUCUCAGAGCAUAUCUCGAAGCAGAGCGGGCUCGACGGCGCAACUUGGGUAAUCUACAAAGGCAGAUCGAUCAUCAGCUACUCAGUCACGUCAAUCGACGAGAUACACGACACCUCGACCACUUAAUGGCAUCCGACCAAAAUCGUCACCCCCGAUGGGUUCGCAACGUUCUUAAUGGGCUUCAGGAUCGAAGCGUGGGCACCAGACAUCGAGAUCAGGAGCCGGGUGGUACAGCUGGCAUUGGCUGGGGUGCAGAUGGCAGAACACUGUACAUUGCCACUGUGGAUGGAAUCUUUGAGUUUCUAGUCAAUAUGGCUGAUCGGAGGACAUUCCCUGUCUUCACUUACAGGUGAACAAGGCUCUUCAAGCUGCCAGCGGGUUAUUGGCUUCAAGAUAUCAUUCUACCUCAAAAAUGUGUUGGGGAACAUUGGCUUGUCCUUGUGAUUCAUGUCGCGAAGGAUGCGCC